GAGAAGUAGACUAGAACAACUUCACCUCACACAUACAUCCUGUAAAGAGCGAGCAUACCUUGUAACCAUCCUCCAUCCUCCAUCCUGCAUCCGUUCGAUCGCCGAAACCUGCACUUUUUGGCUGUGGUUGGCAACACAAGAAGCAGCUUGCAGGGAACGCCAUUUCUCUUCCACCAACGACCGAUUAUUCCCUUCCUGCACGCCACGAAUCGCCCAUCCACCCUUCGAUCAGAUCAUGCAUGGUGCAUGAUACAUUUUCUUACUAUUCUUGAGCAAGUGGCAGGGUGCGGGCACAGACUGCCAAUCUAGUCUACUCUCUCUUUCAGUCCACCAUUGCGAGCGAAGACAGUGUUACACGACACGAAGGUCCUCAAUCACGUCUCCCACCUCGAAUUGGUGCCGCGCCUCGCCUCGACCUAAUCUUCAACCAUGGACCUCCUAGCUACGGUCAGGAAGGAAGGCUCUCGAGGCGGAACUGGAGACUUCAAGUGGUCCGAUGUUCAGACGUCCUCCCGCCGAGAAAAUUAUCUAGGCCACUCGCUAAUGGCCCCCGUCGGGCGUUGGCAGAAGGGUCGAGAUCUCAAUUGGUAUGCAAAAGGAGACAACGAAGGAGACGCAGGCGAGGAUGCAGAUACUAAAGCUGCAAGAGAACGAAAAGAAGAGAUUCGUCGAAUCAAAGAAGCAGAGGAAGACGCCCUUGCAAGAGCACUGGGGCUGCCUGUUGCACCACGAAACAACCCCAAUAUGGAAGAAUUAGGCACCCAACGCGAGAUUGGGAAGGUUUUGAAGGAGGCCGCAGGAGAUGAUGAGCCUACAGGGACAAGGGGCGUUGGCUACGGUCGAGCUGCAAAUCCGCGGGAAGGCGAUGCCACUACUGAACUCCUCGAAGGCACAGGAGGAGAACAAGACAAGGAAUUACAGUAUGCACUUAAGGAAUACAAACGACGCCACAGUGAUCGAAAGCACCGCAGUCGCAGUAGAGAGCGACACAGGCGCGAUGAACGUCGACGGCGGGAUGGGAACGAAGAUCAACGGCACAACAGUCGCAGACAUGGUCGUCACAGGCAUAGACGAUCCAGGUCAGCCUCGUCUGAAAGGCAUCGGACCCGCGAACGACGCAGGAGAACAAGAAGCAGAUCUCCGGGUCAUUCUCGCCAGGAUCGUGAUCAUAAGCGCCGCGAAGAUGAGAGGCGAUACGAGUACAGCCAACGCUGAGAUUCAGACCAAGUGUUUGCUUUCUAACUAGCCAAGCAUACCAGCUUAACGCGGGCCUAAAGACGUCUCAAAGACAUCCUCCAAAUCUUUGAAAUCUACUUCAGCAACGCUUGACGCACGGCCAUACCCUGAUCCGGGUUUCACCAUGUCGGCUGACGCGCUCGUCUCGACAAAUUCUUCCAGCUCCUCACUGACCGUCUUGAGUUUUUCCUUGACGCUGGCCACGCCCUCAACGCCCACAAUGUGCCUUGCAGGAGGAUUCUCAUGGCCACCAAUAGCCGUCAAUGCAUGCACAGUCUCGGCUACGAGUUUCUCCGUGUGGGCAUAGCUGAGAGGCGGAUACAGACUAACCACUCCAUUCUGAUUGAGGAGAUAGGGCCCACUUUGUCUCUCCGCCUCCGAGGAAGGCGACUGAAUCUCGCUCUCCGGCGGUGGAGGAUACUGAGAUCGAAUCCCUGGCAGACGAUUCAGCAAACCAUCGAGGAUUCCUCGGAACAUGGGUGCAGUGUGUCCAAAUUCUUUCGAGUAUUCUUUCAUCGGAGGUGCUGAGGUGAUUUUGUUGGUCAGAAUUCCUAUCUCUACGCUGGCUUGGAGGAUAGUCAGCUUAAUGUUGAAAGGAGCGAUCUCGUAAGCGAUACUAUCGCAGAAGCCUUCCAGCGCCCAGCCCGAAGCGCAAUACAUGCUCAAACCAGGUGUUCCAAGAUGACCUGUGAUGCCACCAAGCACGAUGAUGUGUCCAUUCAUCAUUGAUCGCAUGUGAGGGAUCACAGCUUUAAUUAUAUUCAUCGGCCCAAAAAAGUUCUUCUCGAAUUGGUCUCGAACCAUAGUCAAUGUUCGCGGAUUUGCCGAGAGCUCCUCCACUGUUCCAAUGAUGGCUUCGCUGGUGCAGCAGAACAGAAUGUCUAUCUUUUUGAAACCGUGGACUGCUUCUGCGAUGGCUGCUUGACAUUGCCCAACAUGUCUUGGACAAGGUCAGUAUGAAUGAUAUGAAAUAAAAAGACCAACCUUACAGAAGCAGUACUCAUAAUGAUGGGUCUACAUACCGAAUGUCCAAGGGUACAAUUUUUAAUCGAUCUUUCCACCCAUUUGUUCGUACCACUUCGGAG